CCGCGCUUUGGCACUUUCCACGCCCUUCCUUUUUAUUCCCCCCGCCAUUGCGACUGGGAUCCCCGCCCUUCUCGCUCCGACUCCCACCCAUGGCGAACCAAGAGGAAGCCAACCCCCUCCUCCAGCCCCGCUCCGACGCCGUCCCCAAGCCCGAAGAGAGUUCCCCACCGAAGCCCCCGCCGGCCACCGCCGCCAGGAGGCCCCCGCGUUGGGCGGCGAAUGAGCCACCCGUUGGGCGCGGGAGCGUCGUCGGCGAGCCGGUGGCGCGCAACCAGUGGAGCUCCGGCCUUUUCUCCUGCCUCGGCCGCAGCGAUGAGUUCUGGAGCAGCGAUUUGGAUGUUUGUCUUGUUGGGAGCGUUGCUCCGUGCGUGCUUUAUGGAGGCAAUGUGGAGCGGCUUGGAUCUGGUCGUGGGUGGUUCGCGAAUAGCUGCUUCCCUUACUCCACUCUCUUUAUGCUUGGGAAUUCUCUUUUCGGCUGGAACUGCCUGGCGCCAUGGUUCUCUUAUCAUAUCCGUACAGCCAUUCGCCGCAAGUUCCAUCUUGAAGGUGGCUUUGAGUCAUUUGCCAAAACAUGUGGGUGCUGCCAUGGAAUCUUAGAGGAUGAAGAGAAGCUCGAGCAGAUGGAGACAGCCUGCGACUUCGCGACACAUUACUUCUGCCACCCAUGCUCCCUCUGUCAGGAAGGUCGAGAGCUGCGCCGCAGGCUGCCUCACCCUGGCUUCAUUGGGAAACCUAUCUGGGUUACGAUGGCUCCCGGGGAGCAGACCAUGGCUCGACGCGGCGCCUGAAGCUCUCCUAUCAUCUCAUCUGCUGGGUGUCGCAUGAGCUUUGUCGAUGAACCGAGUUGCAGGCAUUAUAUAAACUAGGUUACUUGGUACUUUUAAAUUCUGUAGUGUGCUUGUGAGUCAUGGUGUCAGCUCAGACUGAUGGUUGCCGAGCUAGUAAUGAGUCUGGUCAGAUGCUUGUUGUGUUAAUGCUUUAUGGUAUUGGGUUGCUAUUGUCUGAAUUAUUGCGUAUCUGUAACUGUAGCAACAUUAGCAACUGUUGCAGCAUAUAUAUUUUGUGUUCUUAAAAGCGUUGCUUUGGUUGAUGUCUUUA